GGAUUGGUCGCAGCUGUAUAAGAACCUCUAAAAACUCGAGAAACUUAAAACUAGUGCGCCAAAUCUCUCAUCGAAUUUAAGGCGUUCACAUGCAAACAAACAAUCACCAUAACUACUUUAAUUUAAUCGUAACGCGGCAAGUCUUUGUUCUUUUCUUCUUUUACUUUUUAUAAAUGUUUUUAAGAUUAUAAUCUUGCAUGAUAAAAAGAAAAAAAAGAAGCCGAAGGAUUAAGGCCAGAACAACAAUGGCGUUAGCCGCUACAUACAAAGUAGUUCUCGGCUCAAUAGCCUUUGCAAUCUUCUGGGUAUUAGCUGUUUUCCCUGCCGUCCCACUUUUACCAAUCGGAAGAACCGCCGGGUCUUUACUCGGUGCCAUGCUUAUGGUUUUAUUCCGAGUAAUAACCCCAGAUGAAGCUUACGCCGCCAUUGAUCUACCAAUCUUGGGUCUUUUAUUCGGCACCAUGGUCGUUAGUGUUUAUCUCGAAAGAGCCGAUAUGUUUAAGUAUUUAGGUAAAUUGCUUUCAUGGAAAAGUAAAGGAGCUAAGGAUUUAAUCUGUAGAAUCUGUUUGGUUUCUGCGAUUUCAAGUGCUUUUUUCACUAAUGAUACUUCUUGUGUGAUAUUAACUGAGUUUGUAUUGAAAAUUGCAAGGCAACAUAAUUUGCCUCCUCACCCAUUUUUGUUAGCACUUGCUUCGAGUGCUAAUAUAGGUUCUUCGGCUACUCCGAUUGGGAAUCCACAGAAUUUGGUGAUUGCUGUUCAAAGUAAGAUUUCUUUUGGGGAUUUUCUUGUUGGGGUUUUGCCGGCAAUGCUGGUUGGUGUCUCGGUGAAUGUUUUGAUACUUAUAAUUAUGUAUUGGAGAUUGUUAUCUAUUCAUAAAGAUGAAGAAGAUGGGACUGGUGAAAUCGUGGGUGAAGAUGAUGUGAGUUCACAUCGGUUUUCGCCGGCCACAAUGUCACAUAUUUCAAUUUCGAAUUCAAUGGAUCAUGUUCAGAUCUCUCCUAAUAACAUUAAUGGAAGUUUAGCAACUCACCUUGACAGCCUUAGGAACCGAGUCAACUCGGGCGAUCAACUUGAAAUCGAAAGGUCACCUUGUGGUUCGAUUGAUACAAAUGAUAUACCAUCGCCGCCUCAGUUUUCAGAGGAAAAAGAAUCAAAAACAGAGCAUUGGAAGAACAAGAUGUGGAAAUUAUGUGUUUAUUUAGUCACUAUUGGGAUGUUGGUUGCUUUGCUUAUGGGUUUGAAUAUGUCAUGGACAGCCAUUACAGCAUCAUUGGCACUUGUUGUUCUUGAUUUUAAGGAUGCAAGGCCUUGCUUGGAAAAGGUAUCGUAUUCGCUUUUGAUUUUCUUCUGUGGAAUGUUUAUUACGGUGGAAGGGUUCAAUAAAACUGGGAUUCCAAGUACUCUUUGGAACUUUAUGGAACCCCAUGCCCAGGUCGAUCGUGUUUCCGGGGUUGCGGUUUUAGCUAUCGUUAUUCUUCUCCUCUCCAAUGUGGCUUCCAACGUACCAACCGUUCUGUUGCUUGGAGGGAGAGUGGCGGCAUCAGCCGCGGCGAUAUCAGCAAGUGAAGAGAAGAAAGCAUGGCUGAUAUUAGCAUGGGUGAGCACGGUAGCCGGAAACCUGUCGUUGUUGGGAUCGGCGGCGAACUUGAUAGUAUGUGAGCAAGCUCGUCGAGCACCACAACUUGACUACACAUUGUCUUUCUGGAAUCACCUUAAAUUUGGAGUUCCUUCUACGCUUAUAGUCACUGCAAUUGGUUUGACACUUAUUAGAUGAUUAUUACAACAUAAACAGAAUUAACUAUAAAUUGGUUAAAAUAUGUCAUAAACAUAUGCACUUUUUGUAAACUUAAAAUUUAGUAAUUUACUUUUAUUUUUAGGAAUUUAACUUAAAA